AAUGGCUUAUUAAAUAAUUCAUCUUGUAACUUGCAGGCAUUCGUACACAUUUCUACAGCAUAUUCAAAUUGCAUAAUGAAAGAGAUUGAUGAGAAGUUCUACAUGCCAGCUAUGAGGUGGACUGAGGUGGUGCAGCUGGUGGAAUCGCUGGAUCAAGAGACAACUGAAAUUAUCACGCCACUUGUGCUAGGUGAGUGGCCAAAUACGUAUUCAUUUACAAAGGCGCUUGCAGAAGAUUUGAUCAGAGACGAGGCCAGAGGUCUUCCAAUUGGCAUAUUACGACCUUCUAUAGUUGUGAACACUGCAAGUGAACCUGUAGUGGCUUGGAUGAACAAUGUGUAUGGUGCAGCAGGAGUAGUGAUAGGUGCAGGAGUUGGCCUUCUCAAGUCCUUGCACUGUGACAAAGACAUUGCAGCAGACAUAGUUCCAGUUGAUAUGGCCAUCAACGCUGCAUUAGCUAUUGCUUGGGAAGUGGCACAGCAUACGUCUGAAAACAAACCAGUGCAAUAUCUGAAUACUGAAAUUAAAACUACAAGUAAGAAUGAAGAUAUAAUUCCAGUAUAUAAUUACAUAUCAUCGGCACAGAAUCCUAUUAUGUGGGGCGAGUUUAUGAAAUUGAGCGAGUAUGGACUUAACUUCCCAUCUUUGAAAUUUGUGUGGUAUUAUUUCUUCACUCUCAACAAGCACAGGUUCAUCCAUAAUAUCUACAUUGUAUUUUUGCAUCUGUUGCCAGCUCUAAUAACAGACGUUGGAGCUAAGAUCAUGGGGAAAAAACCAAUAAUGUGGAAGACAUACCAGAAGAUUUCCAAGUUCACUGAUGUUAUUUCAUACUUCAGCACUAAGCAGUGGAACUUUCAUAAUAACAACGUCCAGAAUCUCUGGAAAAGGAUGAAUCCUCAAGACAAGAUCCUAUUUAAAUUUGACAUGGCUUUGUUAGACUGGGAAGUGUACUUUGCCAGUGCGGGUAAAGGAUUACGGUUUUAUGUCUUAAGAGAUUCUUUUGAAUGUCUUGAAGAGGCAAGGACCCGAUACCAAAGACUGAAGUAUCUGCAUUACACAAUAUUUUACUCAGUUCAACUGAUUUUACUGUAUGUGGCUUACAAGAUAGUACUUCACUAUUGGAUCACCUUCAAGGAUGUUUUAUUGGAAAUACUACAGUAGAAACCCAGAAUUUCCAAGUAUAAUGCUACAACUGCCUAAUACAACUAUAUGUAGUUUGUGAUUUGUGGUAUUCUGUCCAUCAAGGCAACCAUGAAAAUAAACUAACUGAAUUGUUUACAUUGGUUGUAUUCAAUAACUGGUACAUGUCAUCGUUAGGCAGCUUCCAUAAAUGUGUCUCAUGUUAGUGAAAUAUUCUGAUAUGGAUAAGUAACAUGAGAUGUACUUAAUGAAACUACCUAAAGAUGGUUCCAAAUGUGGACCAAAACAUGUAGCAGUUAUUAAACAAAACCAAUGUAAACAAUUUAAUUAGUUUAUUUUCAUUGUUGUGUAGAAAGCUAGACCACCACAAAUGAUACACAACAGAAGUAAACAGUAAAGAUAUAUAGUUUCGUAGAAACAAUAUAUGAACUAACAGUCUCCUUAUAUAAAAUUGUAUUAAGUCUUUUUCAGUAUGAAAGUUUAGAUUGAAUGAUGAGUUGAUUUUGCCAUUGGAAGGUAUAACAUUCUGUUUAUCAUGGAACAGAAAAACCAUUGUACAGUACUCUUAUGUAACUGUUUUGUGGUUGUUACUACAUCAUCUUUUUAAGAAAAUUGUCAAAUUAUUUACCCCAAAAAGUGUUUAAUGUUGAUGAGGUUGAGCUGUCAUUCACAAUUUGCUUUCUUCACUUGAGCCAUGGGUGAAUACAAUACAUAAUGCUAAAUGUUAAAUAAAGAAGUUUGUUACGCAGAGAAGAAUACACAAAUAAACAGAAUAACAUUCAUAUUGCCUAUAUUGUAUUGCAUAUUAUGGGCAUGAAGUAAAGGGAAUGUAACCUAUUUAUUUCUUAAGUUUCUUAUGGUAAAAAUGGGUCUGCUUAACAUCAUUUCACAUAAUGUCAAGGUUUGUAAAAAUACACCGACAAUGUUAAAUGAGGAUCUACUGUAAUAAAGCUACAAAUUUUAAGUACCA